CUACCGAAGCGCAGCGGCACAGAGCGGGUAACUAAAGUACAGCUCUGCUCUGCGCACACGGAGUCAGCUGAGCUGCCGGGGAUCACACCACGCCGGUGAAUGAAUGGGGGAGAGCGCGUCUGGAGACGGAGACGGAGACGGUGCUACCCCGGGGAUGAUGCGCGGCGCGGAGAGGCUCACGUGGAAGUAGUGAAGGGAUCCGAGCAAGCUUGUUGACGCAUAAUCCCGCCCGCCCCGCUGGCACUGGGAGGGGGCAAAUCUAGCCUUCCUAAACUCAAAUCCUCCAAUAGAGAUUUGCGAAGUGCGCUGCUGCUGCUGUGGGUUUAGCCACCUUCAGGACAUUUAUUUUUCUCUUUGACCAGCCAUGUUGGGAAAAUCAGCAUAGUUUUUUUUUAAUAUUUUGGGGUGAUUCGUAUAUAUCUGAAGAAAGAUACCCAAAUGUGCUACCUUUAUUAGAGUAUACAAUCCUCUGUUGGAAUCACUGUCACUGCGUCGCGGACGGUGGCCAGUUGGAUGCGCCCUGAGGUGCGGACAGGACCUGCCCGUUCAUCAUCAUCAUCACCAGCACCAUCAUCAUCAUCAUCAUCAUCAUCGCAGGUAUUUGAUUGUGACUGUGUUGGUUACACCGGAGAUCUGGAGCCAUGACAGCCCCCCCGCUGGUCCUACAGCCCGCCUGCUGACGCUACCGGGCAGGAUGGGAGCAGAUCUGCCGCUUUCAGGAUCCCGAACGAGCCGAUUUAUCAAUGGAGGAGGAGAGUGACACCCGGAAAAUCAACAACAGCUUCCUUCGUGACCACAACUAUGCAACCGAAGCUGACAUUAUCUCAACGGUUGAGUUUAACUCAUCGGGGGAGCUGUUGGCCACUGGGGAUAAGGGAGGCAGAGUGGUUGUCUUCCAGAGGGAGCAGGAGAGUAAGAGCCAGCCCCAGCGGCGAGGGGAGUACAACGUUUACAGCACAUUCCAGAGCCACGAGCCAGAGUUUGACUACCUGAAGAGUUUGGAGAUUGAGGAGAAGAUCAACAAGAUCAAAUGGCUUCCGCAGCAGAACGCCGCCUACUUCCUGCUCUCCACCAACGACAAGACGGUGAAGCUGUGGAAAAUCAGCGAGAGAGACAAGCGUCCGGAGGGCUACAACCUGAAGGACGACGAUGGACGGAUCAGAGACCCAUCGACAAUCACCUCAUUACGGGUGCCGGUUCUGCAGCCCAUGGAUUUGAUGGUUGAGGCCACAGCCAGGCGUGUGUUCAGCAACGCUCACACUUACCACAUCAACUCCAUCUCUGUCAACUCCGACCUUCAGACAUACAUCUCUACAGACGACCUCAGGGUGAACCUCUGGAACCUGGAGAUCACUGAUCGCAGCUUCAACAUCGUUGACAUCAAGCCAGCCAACAUGGAGGAGCUGACGGAGGUGAUCACUUCAGCAGAGUUUCAUCCCCAACAGUGUCACACCUUUGCCUACAGCAGCAGCAAGGGCUCGAUACGCCUCUGUGACAUGAGGGAGGCCGCGCUCUGCGACAGACACUGCAAAUACUUUGAGGAGCCGGAGGAUCCCUCCACACGCUCCUUUUUCUCUGAAAUCAUCUCAUCCAUCUCUGACGUGAAGUUCAGCCACAACGGCCGUUACCUGAUGACCAGAGACUACCUCACUGUCAAGGUGUGGGACCUUCAGAUGGAGAACAAACCACUGGAGACCUACCAGGUGCAUGGCUAUUUACGUGGCAAGCUCUGUUCUCUGUAUGAGAACGACUGCAUCUUUGACAAGUUCGAGUGUGUCUGGAACGGAUCGGACAGCGUCAUAAUGACCGGCUCCUACAACAAUUUCUUCCGAAUGUUUGACCGGAACACGAAGCGGGACGUCACACUGGAGGCGUCCAGAGAGAACAGCAAACCCAGAGCCAUUCUGAAGCCCCGCAAGGUGUGUGUGGGUGGGAAGCGUCGUAAGGAUGAGAUCAGUGUGGACAGCUUAGACUUCAGCAAGAAAAUCCUUCACACCACAUGGCACCCGCAUGAGAACAUCAUCGCAGUAGCGGCCACCAACAACCUCUACAUCUUCCAAGACAAGGUCAACUAAAGAGCAGCCCGCCCCCCGCUGACCCCGCCCCCCCCCCCCCCUGCUGGGUCAGCGAAAGAGGGCCGGAGCCCUCGCAUACACCCUCCUGCUCUCCCAAUGUCUCGUAGCUGCUGGUUUUGAAUUUUGCCGCUCUGCCGAAGAACUGUUUUGAGCACAUUGUGGGCCGUGGGGACUUUGGAAAGUGGGGGAAUAAAUACCGCCCGGACGACAUAGCGCGAGGAAAACUGUUCCUUGAAAUCAAGAAUAGACUUUCGUUCUUUGAUUUUGACUUCUGAUUUAAUUUAUUCCGCCAUGCGGACACCUGCAGAGGGGGGGGUGAUUCUGCGCAUUAAUGCAACGAGAGGAUCGCUGCGUGAUGUGACUUGAUGUAGCACCCCUCCGGACCCUGGGGAAAUAAUGUGUGGGUACACUGAACAUGAAGCAGAGCACACUGACAGAAACCCAGCUUACGUGGUGAUGGUGUCUGGUCGUCGCGUAGCAGCAGCAGCAGCGCCCCCUCCCUUUCGAACCUGCUCAUGCUGCAGUGCAUGUGACCGACCCCGUGGCCUCCGAAGCCGAGGCAGCGCUUUGGACAGUGCGGACCUGCCGCACAAUUCCUACAAAAGAAGAAGGGGCCGUUAACGUCUGACCCCGGAAACGGAGUCGCCUCUGCCUGUGACUCAACACGGGCCGUCUUUUAAGUACCAAUUCUGUGUCUCUUCCUGGUGGGACUGCUGUAGUCUGUAAUGUGAAUGAAGCCCUUCCAGGCCGUGUCAAUGGUUUUAUUUAAUGUCGUUUGCCCGGUCAAUGAGUCUGUCUAGAAAGCUGUGGUGCCUUCUUUUGGUAAGUGGGGGUUUGAUGUAGUGGGAGGGGGUGGGGGGGGUAUUGGGGGACUGAGAAACAAGGCACGGGAGCGAAUGUUUCAAAUGAAAUGUUAACAUCGGAUGUAUUUUUGGGGGGUUUUGUUUUUUCUCUUUCUCUAUAAAGAAAAAAAAAAAAAGGGAAAAAAAAGUUCUACCGAGUUCCUGAGUGGGGAAAAAAGUGCUUGAAGCGACGGAGUCCUGAUUACAAUAAAGCACCGGCCUCAUGCUUGUGAGUUCAGGGGGAGGACGCUGUGAUAUGUACAAAAUAUUGUUGCUCUUAACACAUUGCAGUCAGUUUGCAAGAGACACGUUACAGUUUGUUUAGCAAAAUCCUCACUGAAAAAAAAUAAAAACACACAUAACAUUUAGAAUUUAUUUGGAUUGUACUAAAAAUUAUCUGAAGACGGCAGUAAAUGACUCGUGAUGUAACAUUGAGAUUUUUGGAUAUAGCGCCUGCAGGUGUAGCUCUUUUUAAAUUCGUUGGAUCUGAUUCUGUUGAAACUGACUGCAUAUAGAUAUUAAACAUCUACAGAUAAUUUGAGGUACCAUGCAAGUAAAAUUCUUAUCAACAAGAAGCCAGUUUGAUAUGAAAAGGUUGAUACAAGACAGCUGGGAUGUCUGUCCAGAAGGGUGACGUGGGACAGUCGCAGGUUUGUUUUUCAGCACAUGGUUCGGAGAACGUCUUAUGUCUCACGUUUUUGUCUGAAGAGCCGACUCCCAUCAAGGAAAGCAGCGAAAGGUCUAAAUGAACUCUGUGAAAUCAGGGAAUUAUUAAGUUGGAUUCCUUUAAACGGUAAUGUCUUCUACGACCUCCUUUGUGACAAUUAAUGAAACAAAAAAAGAAUUUUAUAGCUCAGAAUGUAUUGAAAUGCAAUUAAUUACCAUGCAGUCUUUAUGCUUACUGGUCUUUCUUUGAAUAAAAAAAAAAGAAUAAAGAUGUGCAAG